UAGUGUAGGAAAUUUAAGCGGCGGUGUACCACGAUAUUUAAUUUCUAAUAAACGCUUGCGGGAAUUUAAUUAAAUAUAUUUCGAAUAACUUCUAAGAGAAAUUAAAAACUAUAAAGCUCACGUUGACAUUUUAUUAUUUCAUUUUAUUCAAGUUGUGAAAUUAUUAACAACAACAAUUAACAAGACAACUCAACAAGAUCCGCCUGUUCAGGUAACAAGCCUUCGAUUCUAUUACAAACGUCGUCGUCAAAACAGUCAAUUCGAAGAACGGCAUUGCAAAAGGCUCGAAAAUUAGAAGAACUCGGGUCGUUUGAUAGUUUAAAAAAGUCCGUAAGACUUUAAACUGCUUGUGAUAUUAUUUAAAAAGCAUUUAGUGAAUUGAGAAUUCGAUUGAGUACUCAUUUUGUGAUAGUUCUGAAUAAGUUAUUUAUUGGAAUACAGAUUAUAGUGAUUUGCAGUAACGUCUAUGCUCUAUGAUAAAAUCAUAAUGCGAGACACUAUGAAGCCCUGUCAACACACAUUGUCUGAUGACGUCGUCUACAAGGACGUCGUUGUUAUAGGUAAUGGACCAAGCGGUAUGGUAACUUCGUUCAUGUUGGCUGGUAAUGUACCCUACCUGAAGGAAAUUCCAGAAGAUCUUCCCAUAGACGAAAUGCUCAGAGCCAGAUUAUCAAACAUGCCUCCCGGACAGAGCCUAUACGAAGCUGACCUCCUCGAAUUAGCUGAAGGUCUGGAAGGUAGAAGUCAGAAUCCCAUUUCUUUGCUGAUGGACAAUUUGUUAAGACCAUGCGCAGACUUGGGGAUUCAGGCUGACUCGCUUAUUGAAUGGCGAUAUGACGUAGAAAAAGAGAUUGACCACGUAGUCUUAGGGAGGGGCCCGCCUGGCGGUUCCUGGCAUACGUUUCCUCCGAAUGUAUUAACUCUUUCUCCGGGCGCGUGGCUCUCUCUACCUCCGCACACGACCGACUCCACCGAGCGACUGACGGCGAGUGGCGUCGCCGAGUACUGUCGGCGGUACGUUCAAGCCUGUCAUUUGCAGCGUUACUUUCGCUGCGGCGUCGUGGUAACAAGUGUGACAGCUGGGCCUCGAAUUCCUGGGGCCCCUUGCAGCCCUGCUUGUCCACGGGGGGCUGCCUAUUGCGUCUCUGGAUAUGACCACAAGGAACAGCGCGGGUUUAGAUAUGUAUGUCGUCGGGUGGUUAUCGCGGCUGGUGCUUGUGACAGACCAAAUGCCCUUCCUGAACACAUUUCGACAAAUGCUGUACAUCAAUUAGGUGAUUUGGAGAGGGCUGCUCAGUUACUUGAUACUAAAAAGAUAUCCGACCAUGACCGCUCAGUACUAAUAGUAGGCUCAGGAGUGUCUGCUGCGGACGCAGUGCGCCUCGCGCGCUCUUCAAAUCUCCAUGUAUAUCACCUCCAUAGAACAGCUGCCGACUCACUUGCUAAACUGCCAUUGAUUAAUUAUCCUGACUAUAACCAGGUCUACAAAAUGAUGUGUGACGGUCCAUCAGGAAAUCACCCCAAUUACAACUCACUCCCUGAACAUAUGAUUGUUGAGGUAACAACAUUACAUUCACCUAGGCUUCAUCAUCCCGAUGAAGAAAAAGUAUGCCUUAAAAACGUCAAAUUACUUAACCUUACAACAAACAAGACUAUAGAAUUAACUGUCUCCAUUAUUGCAGUACUAAUUGGCUCAAAACCAGACUUAUUUUUUCUUCAAACAAACUUUGAUUUGAACACAAUAGACAUAAAAAAGUGCAAAUGUAAUGAAAAGAAAAUAGAUGAUAAACAAUGUUUUCUCAAAAACCACUGGCAUUAUUUUAAAUCUGUAUUAGGACAGAGUAUACAAAGUUGUAAAUCCAGGUAUUUGAAUUACACAGAAAUAAAUGGCAACAUUGGUACAAAAUGUUCAAUACCAGAUUGUAACAAGAGGGACACAUGCACUUGCAACACCAAGGCUGAACGUGGUCAUGCAGUCCGUGAAUGCAAAUGUGAAAUCAUUCCAUAUUCAAAUCUACAGCAGGAAAAGAACUGUCAAUGUCAACCGACAAACCCAUACAGUUCUGGCUUAGGUUAUGGUAUUGACCCAAAGAAGCCAGUUGAUGGACGAUCCAACCCAGUGGCCAUAGACAAAAGUACUCAUGAAUUGUUUAAUUACCCAGGAAUGUAUGCCUUAGGUCCUCUUACAGCUGAUAAUUUUAUAAGGUUCAUUCCUGGGGGUGCACUAGCCCUAGUGUCAAACAUCCACCGAGAAACAAAAUCAGAGUAAUAUAAGACCAUUGAAAUUGUGAUUAUAUACUUAAUUUUAUACAAUAAAUUAUUUUUUAUACACUGUC